UUCAACUGUAAUAAUGAGUUACAAACUUUUGCUUUGUGAAUGGGGUUUGGAAAAAUACAUUGAAAAAUUUGAAGAUGAAGAAAUCGAUGAUGAAUCUUUCCCAUUUUUGGAAAAGGAAAAAAUUUCUGACUUAUUUCCUAAAGUGGGACCUUACUCUAAAUUUAUAAGGUUAUACAAUAAUUGGAUUCACGAUAAAGAAAAUAAUGAACCGGCUUCAACACCUGUCAAUAAUGCAUUACAAUUAAAAAGUGAUAUUGAAGGAACCUAUGAGAUUGGUCCUGAUGGACAAUUAGAAGAAGUAUACAACCCUCAAGAUUCAAAUUCGGAAAGAAACGAAUUGGAAGAUUUUACAUUAGAAGAGGAAGUGCAAAAUACUUUGAAAGCGGAAAAACGUUCUGCAAAUGUAACAACGGUUGUUCCUGAAAAAAGAAGAAAAGUUAGUUCCGAUUCUACUCAUCAUUCUAUUAUUAAAGAGGGUCCAAUCUACGAAUGUCUUAUUAAUAACAUUCGUGGGAAUUUGGCAAUUGCGGAGUAUGAAUCGAAAGGAUUCUUAAGGUCAAGAACACAGCAAAUUGUUGCAGAGUGUGUUCUUUCACAGGAAUUCAAAGGAGAUAUUUGGAAACAGAUACAUCGAGAACAAUUUUUGAAACUUUCUGAGGGCAUCGAAUUGCUUUUUCCUUCUGAAAAUAAGGAAACAUACUAUAUACCGUAUUAUAAAAAUGAAGCUGGGAAAAAGUAUAGUGCUUCUGGAAAACUAGUGGACUUGUUCUAUAAUAUAAGAAAAAGAGCUGUUCGUUCUGGGAUUCAAUCUUCCAGAAAAAACUCAAGUCAAAAAUCUACUGAUAAUGAUGCUCUGACUAAUGCCGUUACUCCAGAUGCAGAUACUUUAAAUAAAAUUAAUUCUCUUUCAAUAACAUGCAUACCAUGGCAAGAUUGCAUUGAAAAGUGGCGAGACACUCACGAUUAUCGAAUGACGGAAAUUCGUUCAACUGCAACUGUAACUUCAAAAACGAAAGGAGGAAAAGAGAAGACUACAAUUUCUAAUAAAGUUACAUUCUAUAUUACAAAGUAUAGAGGAAUAAAGGAGGCUUUAGGUUACACUUUGCUUGAAUUGGAUUACUCUAUGUUGUACCCAGGAACUGAAGAAAACUUAUUGUUUUUAUGGCCAUCUUUUAAAAGCAAACUUCUCUCGGUAUUUCAACGUGAUAACAGCAAUUUGUUUAAAUCAAACAGUAAUGGUUAGUUAAAUUUUAAACUAACUUUUACAUUAAUAAAGAUGCAAUUUUAACUAAUUUGUUAUUUUUAUAAUUUGUAGAUGAAAUAAGCGAUGCUCAAUUACUAAUGAAAUUGUGUAUGCUAGUUAAACCAAAAUUAAUUAAUGAUGGUGAUGAAAGCUGGAAACCCACAAGAGAAGUCAUUCAAGAAGGAUUUUUGAUACAUGUGAUUAGUGCUAGUGACAUAAAAUCGGCCAUUAAGAGAGUAAGAGACAGAGCAACAGCAAGAAAAGAGACAACUCAGCCUUUUGCCGUGAUUGUAGGAGAAGAUUUACACAAUAUAACUGAGUGUUAUAUCUCAGUAGACAACAUCUUAUAUAACGUAGAUUCCCCUGUAAAAGCCAUCGACGUUACAUUUAAGAUUUUUCAAGCGAUUCAUGCUCAAUAUCCCAAGCAUGCCGAACCUCUUUGGUUACUUCUUCAAAUAUGUGUAUACGGUAUAAAAACAAAGUGGGAUAAUAGUAAGCAUAUGCAUAGUUUAACUUCCUUGAUUAAAGAUUUAAAGUGUGUUGAUUAAACUAAAAAUAAAAUGCCUAAUUGUUUUCAAUGUAACGUUGGAUCUUUCUUUCCAUCCAUUCAAGCUUUAUGGAUACAUUAUAAAAUAACCCAUAACAUGUCCACUGCAUCAUCAUUUAUGUGUGCUGAACCUGAUUGUUUAUUUAAAAAAACCUUUUCUUCAUGGUCUAGAAUCCGAAAACACUACAAGUGUUAUCACAAAUUUUGUAAUAAUUUUGUCAAUAAUCUUCAAAUAGAAAAUAAUGAACCUAUUGGAAUAGAACUCCCUGUUAAUGAUAUUCAAAAUGUCAAUCAUGAGCAACCAGAACCCAUUGACAAUGAAAUUGAUAUAGUUAAUGAUCCAGUUGAGAAUGAAAAUCAACAGUUAUUUCCUCAAUUUUUGACACAUGAAGCUUCUAAGUUGUUAGCGAAAUUUUAUAGUCGACCAUCUUUUCCUCGAAGUCUGGUACAAUUAAUGGUUGAUAAUGUUGGUGAUUUUAUGAGUAGUUCUCUUCAACAAUUUCGAAAGAAAUGCGAAAUAGUGUUAAACAAUUCAACUCUUCAAGAAAACGAAAAAAAUGAAAUACAUAAAUUAAUAGAUGAAUUUGAUAAUUCAUUCUCUUCUCUUUCUUCAGAGUACUUAAGACUAAAAUAUUUUGAGAAAUCCGGUCAUCUUAUUUCUGCAGUUGAUUAUAAAGUAGGAGAAAGAAUUGAAUAUAAAUUUAAAAAUGGUAGAAUUGUUCGAGAAUCAGUAGAUUGCAUUGCAAAACAUAUUCCUAUGCGAUUAAUCUUGAAAAAAUUUCUAGAACUUCCGGGAAAUUUUGAAAUAAUUUCAAACUAUAUGAACGAAUUAAAACGCUCAGAAACAGAGAUAUGCAAUUUUAUUCAGGGAAAUUUAUGGAAAGAAAAAUCGGCUAUUUAUGAAUUAGAAAAUAAAAUAGUUCUGCCUAUAUUUUUAGGCAUAGAUGAUUUUGAAAUUAAUAAUCCCUUAGGAUCGCACACAGGAGUUAGUGAAGUUGGAUCAGUAUAUCUUUCAAUGCCAUUCUUACCCCCAGAAUUUUAUUCUCGAUUGGAAAACAUUUUUUUAAUUGGUUUAUAUUAUUCACGAGACAGACAAUUACCAAAUGGGAAUUACCAUAUCUUUAAAAUUAUUGUAGAAGAGUUGAAUUUUCUUGCACGAGAAGGGAUAUUAAUUAAUACUGCAUCCGGUAUUCAACGAGUAUAUUUUCUUCUUGGUUUAAUUUUGGGAGAUAAUAAAGGGUUAAAUGAAGUAUUAGGGUUUUCUGGAAGCUUCAGUGCCAAUUAUUUUUGUCGCUUUUGUACAAGACAUAAAAGUAAUUGUGCAAAAGA